AUGUUUCUCGCAGGGUCCGCUCCGGGAAGAAUCGCGGGACGUCGCGAGGAUACUCGUCCAUCGCCCACCUCUGAUGUGAAUACUAUAAAAAAUACUAUGGCCGAUUUGGAUAACAGUGAGCCGAACAAUAGUGACCCACAAGUUGCAACAAGUGAUAUUGAAACAACUGAUUCUGAUGUAAGCAAUGACAAUCAUCGAGAUAAAAACGAUGGUGAUAACGAGUCAAUUGCAACACCGCGAACGAGUCGAAGUUCAAGCGAAAAUGAAAAUGUUGUUCAAUCUACAGGAAUAACCACCGAUGAGACGGAAAAAGAAGAAAGCUUUCGAGGUAUUAUACAGUAUAAUACAUUAAAAUCUUCCCUUAAUCCCAAGAAUGAUAACUAA